AUGGCUUCCGACGCUGAGCCGAAACGGCGUGUGACGGAUCAAAACUGGCUGGGAGCAUUUUCUGCUUUUCUACUUUUUUGCUUGUUUUUUGUGGUGCUUGCACUUACCGAGGGAAGCCCUUCGCGUCUUUUUAAGGGGAUGAACUACCAGGGAAAGACAUGCGGGGUGGACCCGGAGGUUCGAGAUCUGCCGUACUUAUAUUUCCCAUUGGACCCUCGCGAGUCUUUCGCGUCUAUCAUGUUAAACGACGGUCGUUGUGUCGCCAAAUGCCCCACUGAAGAGGAUGUGGAGGGCGGGCUCACCAUUCCAACUCCGAUUCGCGAGACAAGUAUCGAUCCCUCAAAGACCUCUGCAAUGACAGUUGAGUACUUGCUGCUCUCGCCAGCCUACGCAGCUACUCUUAUGGCAGAUGCUUAUUGCAUACCUCUGGACCCGUCGUUGCGCUCCCAGCUUUCACCCGCUUUGAACAAUACGUUCAGGCAGGUGCAGCUGGCCAUUGGAUCCUUCUACAGCGCGUGGGGAACAAUCUUUGGCUAUUUGAUUUUCGCUGUUUUCACCUCUCUCGCCUUUUCGGCAUCUAUUAGGCUGUCUCCAGGACUCGUCCUGGGAAGCGCAGCAAUCAGCAGCAUCGUACUAUCAUUCGCAGCUGGGGGCCUCCUUAUCAAGAGCGGAUUUACUGGGGUUCUCGACCAGGACAAAGGGAGCUUCUACUCUCUCGAUUACACCCUAGCAAUGUUUAUUCCAAUGGGCUUGGAGCAGAACGGCGACAUUGGCAUCCUCCCUUUGCAUCGCGAGUUUGUCUGGGAUGUUCGCUUUGUGUUCUUCGGGGCUCUUUGGUGGUUUGCGUUGUUCUGGGUAAUUGAGGCAAUGAUGGCAUUCGCACACUUUGUCAUAUCUUACUCGGCGACUGUCUGGUACUUCUCUCCCCCAGAAGGCGCAGACGAGCGCGACGUCGGAUGGUUCCCACCCCUUGUAGCGAUGGGUCUAGGCUCGAUUCACCAUAUGGGGAGUUUCGCUGUGGGAGGGUUGGUGAUGGGUGCAACCCGACCAAUUCGGCUUCUGUUCCCUUGGGCAGCUACCAAGCAUCUUGCCUCAACAGAGGACUCGCCUGUCGUACAUAGCCUCAGGAACACUUUCAGAAGUAUCAUGAGCCCGCUAACCUACAUCGUCGACAGGUUCACCUCGUCAGGUUAUAUAGAGGUGGUUUCGACUCCUUCCGCAAUAGGCUCGUCCUUCAUUUCUUUCCUUAUUGGUAUUAUGGUGUACUCGGUAAGUUACCCACAGCAGCUCCUGCUGGCAGUUGAAGGACCCUGGCUGGCCGCCUUGUCGUUCUUCUGUUAUCAUUGA